AGCCGAGACUCGGCCUUCCCGCAGCCCGUUCACUUCACCCCAUCCUAUCCCACGACACAGGCCUGGCGGCGGCGGCAGCAGCAUCAGCAUCAUCUCCCUGACACCACCAUUUCUGCGGUGAAGGGAACGGCCAUCAUGCAACCAUGAAGCGAGUACGCGCAGAACAGAUUCAAGGUGCUGUUGGUCACUACCUCAGAAGAAGGCAAUUUGUGGAGUCGGAUGGAGCCAUGAAGCAAGGACCGAAGUUUACACAGACUGCUGAAGAAAUGGCAACCAACUUAACAGUUCAGGCAGAGUCUGGAUCUCCCAACGUGGUGUCUGCAGCUCCCUGUCAAGCUGAUCCUAAUCAAUAUGAGAUACAGUUUUCGAGGCUUAAAGUCUUCCUUUUUGACACAGAAUCAAAGUACAGCCGAGAAGUGAAACAACUGCUCUACCCUUUAUUUGUCUACCUCCAUCUUGACAUGGUACACAGUGGUUUGAAGAGUGCAGCGGACAGCUUCUACAGUCGCUUCCAUGGAAUGUUCCUACAAAACAUAGAUCAAAAGGACAUUAUGGAACAGCUGCGGAGUACUCUGAACAGCCAGGAUAUUUAUUCAAACUCUAAGCUGCGUACUCUGAUCGAAAACAAGUAUGUUGUUAGCUUUACUGAAGAAAGUUACAACUAUCUCCUCCGCUACCUCCAGAGUGACAAUAAUAGUACUCUAUGCAAGGUUCUAGCCUCGCAUAUUCACUUGGAUGUGCAGUGUUCUCAGCAGACUGGCUAUCAGCUUUACAGUGUCGGAGCCCAAUCGCGAAGUGAUGUAGUGGGCUUGGAGCCGUCAGAGAUUCCCACCACCAUUUUGCAGAAUGAAGCGGCACUAGAGAUGUUGCAGGACAGUAUAAAACAAGUAAAGGAUGGGCCGCCCUCUCUCACAACAAUUUGUUUUUACGCUUUCUACAACACGGACCAAUUGCUCAAUACUGCGGAAAUUUCACCCGACAAUAAACUGCUCAGUGCCGGCUUUGACAAUUCUUGUAUAAAACUCUGGAGUUUGCGGUCGAAGAAACUUAAAUUUGGGCCACAGCAGGUGGAUGUUUCUCGAAUCAACCUUGCCUGUGAUAUCGUGGAUAAUGAGGUGGUAGAUGAUGUGGGCAGCGAAAUGAAGAUCCUAAGAGGGCACUGUGGGCCUGUGUACGCCACCAAGUUUCUCUCGGAUAAUUCAGGACUUCUCUCCUGUUCGGAAGACAUGACAGUCCGAUAUUGGGAUUUGUGCAGUUUUAAAAACACUGGUUUGUAUCAAGGUCAUGCUUAUCCGGUCUGGGACAUUGAUGUUAGUCCCCUGAGCCUUUACUUUGUGAGUGGAUCGCAUGACCGGACAGCAAGACUUUGGGCACUUGAAAGAACGUACCCACUACGCAUUUACGCAGGUCACUUAGCAGAUGUGGACUGUGUAAAGUUUCAUCCAAACUCUAAUUAUGUGGCCACGGGCUCGAUAGAUAAAACUGUGCGGCUGUGGAGUACUCAGCAAGGGAACACAGUUCGUCUCUUCACGGGACAUCGUGGCCCCGUGCUAGCAUUGGCCUUUUCUCCGAACGGCAAGUACUUGGCUUCAGCAGGUGAAGAUCAGCGACUGAAACUCUGGGAUCUUGCAUCGGGUAAUUUAUUCAAAGAGCUGAGAGGACACACCGACAACAUAACUAGCCUUGCGUUUAGUCCAGAUAGCAGCCUGAUUGUCUCUGCGUCCGUUGACAAUUCUGUCCGUGUCUGGGAUAUUCGUAACACUCACUCCAAUUCACUGGCGGAUGGUUCUUCCAAUGAGCUGGUGGGUGUAUACACAGGACAGACCAGCAAUCUUUUGAGUGUUCAGUUCAUGACCUGUAAUCUGGUGUUGGUUACAGGGGUUGCACAAGAGAAAAAAGAACCAUAACUGAACACUUCCAUUGUUUAUCAAUUCCUGGCACAUUAAGUCACAUAGACCGUGACUUAAGUGCACUGUUCUGGCUAGCCCUAGUCAGAUAUAUGAUGUGUGUAUCUACUGGCUUGCAUUGAUCACAUCUUGUUGCAGCCAAGUGCACCAACUAUUGCACAAUUUUCCCAGUAUUUUGAUAGGAAAAACCAUAGUGGGGCCAGUGUUCGUAUGUCUCCUCUUGCCAGCCCGUAGAUAUUUAUGCAGGGUGCCCUGAAAUUUCAGGUUGACCAGGCACAAAAGUCACGGUUAACACAAGGCUGGGUUAAGUUGCAGAUUUGUAUUACAUUUAGGAUGUGAAUCUGCCCUUGUUUGCAAUGUCAGCUGCUGAUGUACAGCUAUAGAAUGGGUAAUACCACUUGUGUACAAUCAGCCAAAAGGUGACGAGAAUGUUCUUGAUGUAACUUAUUUGUGGUCAAACCGAACAAACUCCCAGUUGAGUUCUUCUGUUCCACUCGCCCAGCUAUUGAUGGAUUUUCAGGCAUCGAUUGCGAUUAAUCAGCAAAUGUUGUAAUCUGUGAAAUCUCUUGUAUUGGAAAUCAAAGUUAUUUGAAAAUCAUGCAAAGUACUUCAGGCCUUUUGGGGAUUAAAUGAACCUUUCCAUCUCCAGACAAAAUGAAUAUACAUUAUUGUCAAACUGCAAAUUAAAGUCUGUUUUGCACACUGAUAAA